AUGGCUUAUCCUUACAAUCAACAGCAACAGCAAUAUGGUGCACCCCCACCGAAUUACGGUGCUGCACCACCACCUCAGCAUGGUCAUGGUUAUCAACAACAAGCCUACGGACAGCAAUAUCGCCCGCCGCCUCCAGCGAGUCGUCCCGGUCCCCAAGCCUUGAGUGGUCCUCCACCAGGCGCAGACCCACAGCUGUACUUUUGGUUCCAGGCUGUAGAUACAGAUAAGAGUGGCGCUCUGACCACAGAAGAGUUACAAAAGGCUCUAAUUAAUGGUGACUGGAGCCCUUUCAACAUAGAAACAGUGCGAAUGAUGAUGAACAUGUUUGAUACCGAUAAUACUGGCACAAUUACUUUCAGCGAGUUUGCUGGUCUUUGGAAAUAUAUAGAAGACUGGAAACGUUGCUUCCAGACUUUUGAUGCCGACAAGUCCGGAACUAUCAACUUCCAAGAACUUAAAACAGCUCUCAAGUCAUUUGGCUACAAUUUGAGCGACAACUUCAUUAACCUUUUAAUUAAGAAGUAUGAUAAACAUGGGGGUACAAAAAAUCCAACAGGAAGAGGGGAUGUGUCAUUCGACAACUUUGUGCAAUCGUGCGUAACUGUGAAAACGCUCACGGACGCUUUCAGACGAUUUGAUACUGAUAACGAUGGAUGGAUUACGAUCAACUACGAACAGUUCUUGGAGUUGGUUGUUAAUAACAGAUAA